AUGAAGCGCAAACCUGCUAAAUCGAGCGUUUUUGCCAACUCCGAGUCAUCAGGGCCAUUCGCUGACAAUCUCUGGAGCGCCGAAGAGUCCUCUCCUGCCCCUCCCGAAACCGAGCCCAUUGCUCCUCCCAAAAAUACCGAAAGUGCACUCAAACAAGUGAUCGGCACCCGCGAUAUUAUGUCAAAUGUAUUUCAACAUAUUGCCAGCAAUCUGUUAUCCGAUUCAGACGAGCAAAUGUUUACGUCCAGGAGAAGCCUAUUCCUUGCAGCUCAAACCUGUCGCGCCUUUGUGGAGCCCGCCCUCGAUUCUCUGUGGGCUGUGAUACCAUCAUUGGUACCCCUUCUAUCGUUACUUCCCUCGCUCAAGAGGGUCAACGACAAACUUGUCCUCGGGUGUGUAGCACCUAAGGACUGGGAACAAUUUGACCUCCAUGCCCGGCGCGUGAGAAUAAUUCUCAUGAAGAAGCCUCAUCCAGCAGUCUCACCUUACGUCUACCUUCGGAUCCCCCACCACAAAACCACCGACCUUCUCCCAGGGCUCAAGGAGGUCCGAAUUGCUCAUCUGGACGAUUAUCGCAUCGAUUUGUCAGGUCUUUUUACUAUCCUCACUUCCAACAUUCGCCUUGUCGAAUUGAACAAAAAUGCGGUCCAAGACGGCGAAUUUUUGGGAACCUUUCUCUCUUCCGUUGUCGUCAAAAUCCGGCAGCUCCAUGAAAUCAUCUUACGUGGAGACGCAGCCAUUGAGAACGAGAUAAAUUCCAUCAUUCAACUGAAGGACCUCAAAACGGUUGAAUUGUUGCUCCCAAAUGUUUUUCUGUCUACAGCAUUUCUUCAAGGUCUGGGUAACUUCGAGGACCUCCGCAAUUUGACGCUCGACACAGGAAAACGUCCGGCAGUGUCGCUAUUUGGUCCCUCUGCGUCUACCAAUGCUAACUACAGUUCUCGGCGUAAUGUAAGUGGAAAAGGAAGGAGGAAAGAAUCGAAAUAUGAAGAAGGCCUGACACCCUCGUCUCCAAGUGCCUCUCGUACUGUCGCCCAACCAUUAUUUGUGAACCUGCGCCAGUUGCAUUUGGUUGGAAACUUGGAAUCCCUUGCACGGACGAUGAAAUACAUGAAGCUCAACUCGCUUACGAGUUUCAAUAUAGAGGAGAGGCAAGACGGACAAUCCCAGUGGGCAACAUCAUUGUGGAGGCACUGUUUCGACGUUCUCUCCUCUACUGCCGCCCAUUCACUCAAGACCAUAAAAAUUACCCACUCCGCCGACACCUAUAGCUCCCACCGGCUGUCUGCUUCAUUGAUCGCACCCCUCCUCCAAAUCAAGAAUAUGGAAAGCCUCGAAAUAACCACCACUACGAUGUCUUUGGAUGACGCUGAGCUCCAGCAGAUAUUGGGCGCUUUUACCAAUCUCAAAUUGCUCAUCCUUCCGGCCCGCUGCCACGAUUCUUCCCCGACCCUUCGUCCUCUUUUCCGACCCCUUGAAAUAUGUCCGGCCCUUCAGGAAGUCAGUCUUUGUGUUGGUGACACGCACAACUACGCCGACGUCGAGAUACCCCGAGGCGAUGGACAUCAAGCCCUUCGGAAGCUGCGCAUCAGCUCCUCAUUUGGAUCACUCACCGACACCCAAGUGAUACGCCUUGCGCGUCUCUUCGAUCGCGCGUUCCCAAAUUUGGAGAUAAUUGAAGGGUACGGACCGCAGGAGUACAACGAGAGCUGGAAAAGAGUGCAAGAGUUCCGUCAGGCGGUGCAAGAGAUCAGAAGGGAGUUGGAGUGA